CAUUGUGCGCACAGACAGACGCCGGGAGGAGAGGACUUUAUGAGGGGUUGCACCACAACUUGCUGUAGUCGAUUCUGAACUUUCGGAUCUGAUCGUGCUUGAGGACCCUGUCGCAGCUUUUAUUUGCUCCUCAAUUUCAACACGCGUGGGUCCAAGUCAACUUAAUAUGAAAAAAUGUCGAUAAAUGAAGUGUACGUUUUCCGACCGUUCAAGUUGAUUGCUUUACUUUGUAUAUUUCUGGCAUUGUGUCUGGACAUCGUAGCGUUAUUGAGUCCCGCCUGGGUAACGGCAGAGCGUUUUUCUUUGUCGCUAUGGGAAUCAUGCACUGAAACAGAGGCUGGCUGGAGAUGCCUUUCCACCCUCACAUCUGACUGGCAGAUCGCCACCCUGGUGCUGCUGCUGGCCGGUGCUGCGGUGACUCUGGUGACCUUCCUGGUGGCCCUCAUCUCCCUGUGCCGGGGGACACGCAUACGGCACUACCGCAUGGUGGCUGUGUUCCUGUUCACUGCAGUGGUCCUUCAGGCCUGUGCACUGGUCCUCUACCCAAUCAAGUUCAUUGAUGGAACUGUCCUCCAGACCUACCAUGAGUUCAACUGGGGCUACGGACUGGGCUGGGGGGGCACCAUCUUCAUGCUAGGGGGAGGCAUCCUCUUCUGCCUCCGGACGGACAUGUACGAGGAUGCUAUGUACUGAGUCCUCUCUCUCCUACUCUCUAUAUCUCUCUCUUGUUCUUUCUGUCACACACAAACAAAUAUUGACAUUCACUCUCUUGUGCGACAACACACCCACAUAAACACAUCCUUCCUCUGCCCACGUAGACAAGCUUCGACACCUACAUACAGUACAUCUCUGUUAUUUAUAGACAGUGUGUGAGGCCUCCUGGCUCUGACUGAUCAGCAGGAGAGAUGAAGUGGGAGGAGCAGCUGUGUGGAGAGAAUGUCUGCCUGUCCCCAGUGGGGUGCCAGAGACCCUCACCACGGUCAGAAAGACAGCCAUGAUGUUAAAUCACAGAAAUGGUUUUGGACAGACGGCGCAUCCCAUGAAUCUCCAUUCGUAGAGCAACAAGGAAGUAGAUUCUCUGAGCUCUACCUUCUGGGCUGAGGUGUUUAUAUAAGUGAUUGUUACAGUAUAUGGGCCAUCCCACCAAUUCGGUGCCUUUUGAAAAAAAUUACUUUUGAUUUCACAUUUUAACAUUCUGUCAUAAAGAGCAAAUGUUCAACUUAAUAAAAGUUUUCCCAUCUCAAAAUAAAUAGAAAAGACAAUAGAAAGUGCCUAUUACAUGCCGAAUAAAGUAACAGAGUUGACAAUUUAAUCUUAAAUCAGCCAUGAAUCCUGUUUUGACUUGGGGAAUAGAAGCUUGUUGUUUGCAACAGGGAGUGGCAAUUGAAUGCAAGCUUCACCAAAAAUGUUUCAUUGUUUUAACAUUUAUAGUAUGUCUAUAUAUGGGUAACAGGGUUGACCAUGUUGUGCUCGACCCCCUCACUUUCCACGACAGACACCAGAACAUGUCCAAUAGGAGUAGAGCCAGCUCACCUGCUUUUACACUAGGAUUUGACUAUGAAAUGUUUCUUAAAAAAAAAAAAACUAAGGCAUAGUUUCACCAUAUUAAAACGAGAGUUAAGAUAAUGUAACAGGGAUGACCUUAAAAUGAGGGGUAGGGGUAAAUGAUUCACUAAUCACAUUAAAUCAAUGAUUUUGUCAAAGCAACUUCAUAACUAGGGCUUUACAAUGACGGUGAAAACGUACAGAAUUGUAGGGUUAAGUGGGGUAAAAUAUUACAAGUCACAGAGGUACAUGGAGCGACAUGUCAAAAUACAGCAUUGUAAGGUUAAGUGGGGUAAAAUAUUACAAGUCACAGAGGUACAUGGAGGGACAUGUCAAAAUACAGCAUUGUAAGGUUAAGUGGGGUAAAAUAUUACAAGUCACAGAGGUACAUGGAGGGACAUGUCAAAAUACACAAUUUGGGCUCUUUAGCAAGUCUUUAUUCAUAUCGAAAAAUGUGAUUUAUAGAAUUCUCCAUGUGGUCUAUAUUAAUUUAAUAUAAAAGUAUUUUAAAAUGUAAUAUCGGUGCACAAAGUUUACUUAAAAUAGCAAAUGGAUGCAAAAGGCACUCUUUUAGUGGAACGACCCAUAUAUUUCUUUUUUUCUUUUGUGUAUUUUUUUGUGAUGACGACAAAUAAUAUUGUUAAUGUAUUUAUGGUAUCAUUUAUCUUGCUAUCUAUUCUCCCACAGGAAGAUAUAUAUUUUAUGUAUUGCUGUUUAAUAAUUGCAGUUUCUGAACACUGAGAACUUCAAAUGGGUGAAUCCCAAAACAUGCCUGGUUUUCUAACUCCUCCUGACAUUUGUAGUGUAAAAUAAACAGUACUGAUAUAUAUGCAAUAA